AAAUAAUUUGAUUGUAGCGAAUGUAAACAGCAAUGUAGAUUGUAAAACAACUACAAAGGAAGGAAUCUGACGAUUUGCACUAAGAUGGGCUCGAGAAAACUGGUUGUGUCCCAUGCAGGCUCUCAGGGAGUGUUCGGUCUGGUGGAGCAGGAUUUAUUGAAGCAGCUCGUGUCACACCACACGGACCUGAUGUACGGUCACAAAACUUACAGAGUCAACAUAGACAUCGUCAGUCACCCCUUUGAGGUAGCAGUUACAAAGACUAACGAAGAUCUCAACAAACAGCCAAUGUUACACAUCUUCUGGACCGAUGCGGAAACAGACUCAUACAGGAACCACGUUAAAGAACAGCUAACCCUGUGGUUUGAUAGACUCCAACAGUAUAACUGUAACAACUUCCUUGUCGUCCACGCUACCUUUCAGGACAAAGCGGCCAUACUCCACAAGUUUUCUGUAACCAGAACCUCCAUGUCCGAACGAAUAAGAAAUGAUUUUGGUUCUCAAAAAGCGGACAAAACGAUCAUGUUCAAAGCAGAGUCAAAUAGCAUCGCAUCCUCGCAGUCGUGGCUGAUAGCGGUGGGUAAAAUCAGAGACUCUAUCAUCAAGUCAGUGACGAUGAAAUUAGCGGUGAUGGAGAAAGGGGUUAACCAGAUACGGGACACUCACGAGGAAGAAGAUUUCAACUUAUACAACUACAUUUCUGCAAAAGAACAGCUCUGUCUACUAUACGAACUCACAGGUCUGUACGAAGAAGCGUACCGAAGCAGCGAAGAAGUCCUCUCCCUUUUCCGACAGUACGUCUCUAAUCUGAGACAAUGUCAGAUAGCACCCUGGAUAGAGGAGUUCAUUGAGAGGGAUAUAUCCUCCUGGGCUGGGCUGUGUCUCAAUGAUGAUGUGAGCGUCAAGGACCUGGCCUUGCAGCAAUUCAACUCUCUGCAGCUCUGCUCCCUUAUAUUUAGACGGAUAGCACAUCAACUCUCUGCACUUCAAAACCCACGAGAUCUCGCGAAGAAGGGGCUCAACUUUCUCCUGCAAACUGUUCAAGAAUGUAAACUUCUCAAGUCCAAGUACCCCGAAGGAGCACUGGUAGUGUGGGUUUAUAUCGGAUGUAUUGAGCUACUUGAGGCUGUAAAGAAGAGUUCACCCCUCAACAACAUGGACGUGCCAGAACCACUAGCAGUAGCAAAGGGACAGUUGUACAACCUAGCAAGAGAGAAGCUGUACCAGCUGGGAGUCCUGGUGGGUCAUGUGGGGACUGAGACCCCACUUUCAGAGAGUGACAUUGAGAAUCUCUUGGCUGGAGCGAAGAGAAGUGGUAACAGGCGCGGAAGUAGUGCGGAGACCAGACCCUCCUUUCCCAGCCCCGGCUCCAGCAUCACCUCUGAUCUCCAGAAGAUUCUCACUGACAAAUCAUUUUUCCACAAACAGUAUAUCGACCUGUGUCAACUCUCCAUCGUAUCGUUUAAACAGGGUUCCUGGACCCACCACGCUCAGCUCAUCAUGAUGCGACAAGCUCUCUACUUGAGACAUAGGGGUAUACAAGCUGAAUGCCUAAACGCAGAGACCCACCUCAGAGAUGUUUGCCACGCUUACUACACGCAGGGAUGGCACAAGCUGGCUGCUUACUCCAGAGUUAAACUAUGUGAUACUCAACGUCAUCUCGAACUGCUGGAACGAGAACUAGUGACAUGCUGUCAUCUGAGCUCAGAACAGGACCAUAUCACUCAAACAGACAGACAAAGAUACAGUGAGCGUUUGAUGGAAUGUGUGGAGAAGUUUAAUGGAACUCAAAGAGAGGAUCAAAUUCUAGUUCCUUUCAACCCCCUCUUCCAGUACGAAUUACUAAGUGAUGACAAUGAGGCGUGUAUCGUGGCAUUUGAAGAUAUAAUCAGAGUAAAAAACAAGAUCCUGAUUAAAAUGAAAGUUCACAACUGCUCCACUGAGCCGAUACCCAACGCUGUGGUAAGUAUGAAGCUAGAUACUGGUAAAGAGACGCUGAACAGAAGUAGAUCCCAGAUAUCUGCAGAUAUCAACGACUUCUCAAUGGUUCCUAUUGAGAGCAACUCUUCAGAUCUAGAUGAUGGACUGUACGGUAUAUCCCUGAAAGCCGAGACGGAGCUUAUGAACGAUGACUCGGAGAGAAGUGAAACAAGAUAUACAAUGAUUCUCUCUUCUGAUCUUACCGAGCUAAAGCCAGGAAGUAACAACGUAUCUAUGUCCGUCCUGCCGUCCCACGCAGGUCUCUACGGAGUCUCCAGUCUCCAGAUCCAGGUGGGCUGUGUUAUCUUCAGACUGAAGUCCCCGGUGGUGCCCUCCUGGCUGGAGGCGGUGGAGGUGGACAUGGAAGCGUCUGGGGUGAGUGUAGAGGUGGUUCAGCCAGCUGCUGGGGUCUGGUUAUCUGAUAAACAACAGUUCUGCACUCUAGCUAUCAAUACUGACAAAGCCUUCCACUCGUUGAGUAUCAGUAUCAAAACUGCGACUGCUGGACUGGAUCUAAUCCCUGUGGAAAAUGGAACAUACUCUAUAGAGGGAGAAGAAGAACAAGGCCUGUUCACACUGCAGAAGACCGGGGAGACUUGGACUCUUACUUUACCAGCUCUACUUUCAAAAAGCUAAUCCACUUACCUGUACCAAUGAUAUGUGACAGCAAAGAGUACUUUUGUCAGCAUUUGCUUGAUAUAUCCUGGAUAGCAGGAAGUAUCUCCCUCCUCCUCACUUUCUAUCAACCUUUCCUCGUUCAGACAAAAUACAGGUUCCAGGGUGAGCUGAUGUAUCUUAUAUCUGAGUGUACUUCUAAUCUACCCACCGAUAUGGUCUUAACAGGGUGUCACCUGGAGAACCCUGGUUCGUUCAAGAGUAUCAUGCCCUUUGCGGAGAGGAACUUGGUGCCAAAACAAAAGUAUUGUUACAUCUGGAGUAUGGAAAAGUCUGCUGGCACAUUUCCAAAAGAAGCUAAAGUUGAGUUGGAGUACAAGUUGCCAGGUUCAGCUGAGUGCUACUCUUUCAUCUCUCCUGUUGAGAUUCGUCCAAAGGACCCUCACUUUUCUGUGUCUCUAUCCUGUCUGACCAGCGUACCACGUGAGGGUGAAACGUGUAUGUUCGAGGUUAACAUAGUGGCUCAGAAAACUGUAGCUUCCAAUCAUACCGAAGAUAAAAGAAUCUGGAGGCUGCUUUACGGCGUUGAUUCUCAAAACGGGGAGUGGGCCGUCUGUGGGUACAAGCGGCGUCAAAUAGAUAUCGUUGAAAAGGUGACUUUUAGAGUAGAGCUGCUGGCACUCACAAAAGGGCUGCUUGAAUAUCCUAAAAUCUUACUAUGGGAAUACAAAGAUCCUCAACUCCAAACCACUGGUAACAGUCGUGACAUGCUUUACAUCACGACUGACGAACCUGACACCUCUGGAGAACUUAAGUCGUUGUCCUCCAGAGAGUCAGACCCGCUGAUGGUACGAUCCCCGAGUACCACGAGGAAGCGAUCUAUGACCACAAUGCCUCGGGCAGAGAAGGUGGACUACACGGGGGGCAAGGAGCGGAUGAGGGUGGUGAGCUCGAUCGUGCUGAACACUUUGACGAGCGAGAGUAUCGCGGAAAUCCCCCCUCACAGGAUGUGCCUUUAUAAUGCACUGUCGUUGGUGGAAGUGUGCCCAGCAUAGAAACAUUAACUUGCAAAACUUUGUGGUAGAUAUUUAAAACUUCAGAUCUGUCUUAUUGUUGUGGACUUUAUACCACGAUUGAUAAUAUAGAUUUUGCAGAGAAUACCGGAUACAUUUUAGGUUGAUCCGAGAGGCCACAAGUUUUGUAUAUUUUCCGACAUUUUAGAGCGAAAGGCUGAGCCUAGAUGGUCAACGGCGAGUUAAUGAUGGUUGGCUGAUUACGUAAACUC